AUGACACUCUCCUCAACUGUCAUAUACGAUGACCCAGCAGUCUAUAAACAAUACGAAGAGCUCGUCUUCAGCCAACAAGGCCUCGCCCUGCACCCCGAAUGGACCCUCAUGAGAGAGAUGAUAGGCGACGUUCUCGGCCAAAACAUCGUCGACCUCGGCUGCGGCUUCGGAUGGUUCUGCAAGUGGGCCAGCGACCACGGUGCGACCCUCGUCCACGGCAUCGACAACUCGAGCAAGAUCCUCGAAAAGGCCCAAGUCGUGAACAGCGGACCCGGGAUCACGUACGAGCGGGCGGAUCUCGACGAGGUCGUGCUCGCCAAGGAGAAAUUCGACCUAGCCUUCAGCUCUCUCACCUUCCACUACGUGAAAGACUUUGAUCUGCUUGUUGAGAAGAUCCACGGCAGCUUGAAAAGCGGUGGUCGCUUCGUCUUCUCAAUCCAGCAUCCGAUCUGGACGGCCCCGGAUGGCGUCUCGUGGCAGGAGACUGCCGACGGACAGCAUUACUGGCCGCUCAGCACGUACUGUCAAGAAGGUCCACGGAUCAGCAAGUGGAUUGCAAAUGGGGUGACGGUUUACCAUCGCACGGUGCACACCCAUUUUGCGGUUUUGCGCAAGCAUGGGUUCGAGGUGUUGGAUGUCGCCGAGUGGAUGAUGCAGCCUGGCGAACUCCCGUUGGGUCACCCGGAUCAUGGGAAGGAGCUGCAUCGGCCGUUUUGGCUCAUCAUGAGUGCGAGGAAGAAGUGA